AUGUGCCGCAAGGUCAGGCGCCGACAACCGCAACCCGUCGUUCGCGUGACGGCGAGCGGCGGAGGCGACGCGGUCGGCCUGGACCACGGAUCAGGCGCCUCGGCGGGAGCAGCCGCAGCCGCAGCCGCAGCAGCCGCUGCAGCAGCGGCCGCACGCGACGGCGCCAGCGGCGGCGGCGGCGGCGGCGGCGGCGGGUACGCGUCGUCGUGGGAGGCGAAGGAUUACGAGGGGAAGGACUAUCUGUACCGGCUGGGCGCGGAGGCGGAUAACUUGCGCAUCACGGUGGGCGCGAAGGCCGGCAAUAUUGACAGCGUGUUUGUUGGGGACUUCCUGGGCAAGGACGCGGACAUAGUGUUCAAGUACCGCCAGAGCGUGACACGGUCGUUCGAGCACAUUCAAGGGGACUACUACAUCGCACCCACCUUCCUCGACAAAGUCGUCACAUUCAUUGCAAAGAACUACCUCGCCUCCCAGCUCAGCUGCAGGAUCCCUCUCAUCCUCGGCAUUUGGGGUGGGAAAGGGCAGGGGAAGACCUUUCAGGUGGAGUUGAUAUUCAAGGCGCUGGGAUUAGAGCCAAUCAUUCUGUCUGCUGGAGAGAUGGAGAGCGAGUGGGCUGGCGAACCAGGGAGGCUCAUUCGCAGCCGCUACCGCGACGCGCACCUGGUCAUCAACAAUAAGGGCAAAAUGAGCUGCCUGAUGAUUAACGACCUCGAUGCUGGGAUUGGCCGAUUCGCGCACACGCAGACGACGGUGAACAAUCAGAUGGUGGUGGGCACGCUCAUGAGCCUCUGUGACGACCCCACGCGGGCCAGUGUGGGGCAGGAGUGGCGCGAGGGUGACCUGCUGAACCGCGUGCCCAUCAUUGUGACCGGAAACGAUUUCAGCACGCUGUGGGCUCCCCUCAUUCGUGAUGGGCGCAUGGAGAAGUUCUACUGGCAGCCUACAAGGGAGGAUAUAGUGAAUAUUGUGUACCGAAUGUACAUCAAAGACGGCUUAUCAAUUCAAGACAUUGAGAGGCUUGUCGACACCUUUCCAAACCAACCAUUGGACUUUUAUGGCGCCCUUCGUGCUCGCACAUACGAUGAUAAAGUGCUCGAGUGGGUGGAGGCCAACGGAGGGCCAUCCAAGGUGGGGAAGCUGCUGAUCAAGCCGAGGAGAUGGGACGAUGGCAGCGAUGGCAAGGACACCAGACCCACUGUCGACCCGCCUGCGCAAACCCUAGAGGAGCUGGUAAGGGCAGGAGAGCAAAUAGAGCACGAGCAGAAGCUGAUGAACGAAGCCCGCUUGUCAGAUGAGUACAUGAAGAAACAGACAGGUCCAGGAAUCGGUCUCAGGAUGGGUUGA